UCACUCCUCACUCCUCACUCCUCACUCCUCACUCCUUAUCCGAUGAUACCAUAUGGUCAUGACUUCCUCUCUCCCCAUCCUCGACAUCUCAUACUACCAUUUCUUCUUUGGUCCCUGAACCUAGGUAGUGCGCUUAUAAGGCUAUCCUUUGAAAUAAAGAUCAGAAUGUCAACACAACACCACCAUGCACAAACAGCAUAACAUUCACGUCUGGACAACUCAAUUGCCCAAUAUGAGAAAAUCCAUACUGAGUACACCAAACAACACUCAUUAUCCUUGGAUAAACAACUCUUCGAUUCAAUGAAACCCUUUCCAAAUCGACUUAUCACGUAUCCACAUUCAAUUCUGGUACACCACUCUACAAAGUAUCCAUUUACACCGAUAUUUUGCCCCAAUAAAAAAAAAGAUGCAAACGCAUACACCCACUUGAAGCCUCACCAACAUAACCAAUGGAUGCGACAUGUUUAAAUUCCAAAGCCGGGUACCGAUACAGCAACAGCGAACUGUUUUAUACCGACGUGUUUCCCUAGUGAUGGUUCUAAUUCUCAAAAAUCAAUGAGGUGGAUGUACAGAGGAGUUUCACACCUUGACAUCUUCCACCUCAGAUUAUGCAAGAUACUGAAAUCAUCCUGUCAUGAAGCAACUUGGAGAUAGCCACCAUUCUAUUUAUUUUCCGAGGCAGAUGCAGGCUAUUUUUUAGCCACAGAAACUCUCAAAUUCGAGUUCAUGCAUGUAGGUCAAAGUACAGGGAAAGCAAUUUCAACAAGCAUUGGUCAUCCUAGAAGAGUAAGAUGAGGGAACGCUUGGGUAUGUUGCUAUUCAAACGGUCCCUUCAUCAUUCCAGAGGGGAUCUUGGGAGGAUUUAUUCUAGAAGAUUGUUCUAAAGCCACUCCAGAGCUUUAGAGUCUUAAGGUUUUCAAUUGAACUACUUGGAGUUUGAUGAUUUACACUUGUGACUACGAAUACUCGUCCCACCGAAGUAUAGAUAAGAGAGAGAGAGGCAAGCCCCGUCCCAUCUUUGAGAUAACCCAAUCGAUAGAACCAUAUCAAGUCAAGCUCACGCCUUGGGCGAUGAUUUUUUCUUUCUUGUGAAGAGAUUUUCAACUACUUCGGUGUGAGGUAUGAGUUGGCAUCGUGAGAAAAUGUCUUUGCAUUUCAAAAAUGGUGUAGUAAGUGGAUACUCAAAGGACUAAUCCGGGGAAGAGAACCGAGCCUUUCAUGGGAAUCCGAAAAGGGAUCAGACCCAGAAUGAUAACCGAAUGUGAUGUACCGUAUAGAUUUUAAAUUCUUGAUAUAUAUGUACCGAGGGAUUCAUGAUGGGAAGAUCGAACUGGUGCUUCCCCUCGAAUGGUUUUAUGCAACUGACAAUUACAAUCUUUGGCAAAACUCAGGUCAUCUUUGGCGUCCUCUUACAUGAAGGCUUGCUUCCAUUCCAUUGAGAAGAGCUAGACGCGCGCUGGGCAAUGAAGGAUGGAUGAAAUCAUUGCUCUAAUAACAAGUACACUGGCUUGGUAUGUAAUACUCGAGCAAGUAUCUGGUGUGAUGAUGAAGAAGUAAUUCUCGAUAUUCGCGCACACAUAGUCGUUUUACCAAUAAGUUCCAAGGUUAGGUAGGUUUGCUCGAAUAUAUUGACUCGAAACAAGCAGACCAGGAAAGUUUAUUAAGUGAUGACGCUCCGCUGGGCCACUGCCGUGGAGGCCUUUUCGCACCGCUCUAGAUGAUCUUGAUCGGUGAAUACCUACAUAUCCACCUAGAAGCUGAAACAAGUCAAAUUCUGGCUGAUCACAUAUAUAAAAUUCCCCAGAAAAUCUGCCCCACCUUCGUGACUUUUGUUCUAGCUUUCAAAGUUCAACCCACCAUUUCCAAGCUUUGCGACUCAAUAUUAUCCAUCUUCUGACAGUACAACCAUACAACCUUUCUCAUGAAUCAUCCUUCAAUUUAAUUCUUAUUGAAUUUUCGGCCAACUUUAUCUUUGUCCCUCCCCCCCAAUAUCAAUGUGCUCCCCACGAAUUGUCCCAAGCAUAAUCCAUGUCUAAUAUGGCAGAAGAGAUGCAGCCAGCGGCGCCCAAUCCCGCAAACACCUUCACAUCACAACCACCGGUUGUCGCUAGACAUGAUCACGAGUCGCGCAUAGCUCAACCUUCAACAUUCCUCCUUCCAAGAGUGAAGAUCGCCGAGAUGCAGCAAGAAAAGCCGCUGGAGGAAACGCCGCAGGAAAAGCCGAUGAGUGCGCUCGACAAGGACCAGCAAAAGGGUCUGAAAUCGAUUCGAGAUUUCCUCAAGCGCCGCACAAGUUAUGAUGUUCUACCUCUAUCCUUUCGACUUAUCAUUCUAAAUACCGAGUUACUUGUCAAGAAGAGCUUGACUAUUCUCCUGCAAAAUGGUAUCGUUUCAGCCCCGCUAUGGGAUUCGCACACCUCAACUUUUGCUGGUCUUCUUACGACUUCGGACUACAUAAAUGUCAUCCAAUACUAUUGGCAGAAUCCGGAGGCUCUCAAUCAAAUAGACCAAUUCAAAUUGAGUAGCUUAAGAGAUAUUGAAAAGGCAAUCGGCGUACUACCCUUGGAGACAGUAUCAGUACAUCCCGCGCGACCUCUUUAUGACGCCUGUCGACAAAUGUUACAAACCCGCGCCCGCCGUAUUCCACUGGUUGAUGUCGAUGACGAAACCGGAAAAGAGAUGGUGGUUAGUGUGAUUACACAAUACCGCAUUCUAAAAUUUAUUAGUGUCAAUGUCGAUGAGACCGAGUUCUUGAAGAAAAGCGUUUCGGAACUCAAGCUGGGAACAUAUGGCGACUUACAAACCGCAAGUAUGGAUACCCCAGUGAUCGACGUCAUACACAUGAUGGUCAAACACAGCAUUUCGAGUGUUCCUAUUGUUGAUAAAGAUUCACGAGUCCUUAACCUUUUUGAGGCUGUUGAUGUAAUCACAAUCAUCAAAGGUGGAGUAUAUGAUGGUUUGACGUUGACUGUAGGAGAGGCGUUGGCAAAUAGAGCAGAAGAUUUUGCAGGGAUUUAUACAUGCAGCGAAGAAGACAGACUAAAUUCGAUCUUUGACACGAUUCGAAAAUCUAGAGUGCAUCGCUUGAUGGUUAUAGAUGAAGAGCAGCAUUUGAAGGGAGUGAUAUCUUUAUCCGAUAUUCUGCAGUAUGUACUCCUACAUGGAGAAGACGACGAUUGAGCCCGUCCGAUAUUGGCAAUGAUACUACGAGGACGGAUGGGCGUUGCAUAGCGAUUUGGCGUACAGGCACAAACCUGAUCUCACUGGUCAUAAAAUGGCCACAAAUAGAUGUGAUUGGGCGAUUUAUUCAUCUUCGUUAAUACCAUUUUAUCGACUGCGGACUAGGGAUAACAUGGCAAGUUUGGGGAUUGGCUUGUGAAUAUUUUAUGGAUGAUGGGCAGUAACGUACUUACGAUUCAGGAAAUUUAUCUUUUUUAUAAUAUUUUGAUGAAAUACUGUGCAUUUCUAAGUAAAUGAAAGCUAGGAUAAUACUUUUGUGGAUUA